CGAGCCACGGUGCUGUGGGACCGUCCCGGGAGGAACGACUUUGGGUUAGAUUAACAAGCCCGUGGAGGCAGGUCCUGAGGGAUUACGUGAGAUGUUUCCAGUCUUGCUGCUGGUUUUACUGGCUCAAGGUGUUCUGGCCCAAAGGGUCAGGAGACCAUACUUCUGUGCGGAGGGUGACGAGUGCUACUCCUUCAUAACCAUCUGCCGGGAUUCGGAAUACGAGACACGGGCGUACGAGCCCAGUGUGUGGAUUGGAUCGGUGGUAUAUCCGAAUGAAGAGAGGUACCGUGCCAUAGAUCGGCUCAGGGACUACUUUAAUCAGAAAAACCAACCAGGAAUCCAAAUUGAGAAGACAGUUCCUCAGGUGACCAGGUACCAAUACCUGGACAGGAAACCCAUCGCCACGGUGGUCUACAUGAUGCUGCCCAGGAGGUUCCAACGCAACCCACCCCUCCCAACAAACACCAUGGUUUUCCUGACUCAGUUCCCUGCGCUGACCAUGUUUGUGAAAACCACCAGAUCCUGGUUAACCUCCCUCCUGCCGCACGCUCAGGAACUCCUGGAGGAUCUACUCAGGCAGAGCGAGGCCUUCAUCGCAGAUCGCUUCUACAUCGCGGAAUACUCCGGACCCCUGACCAUCCUGAACCGUCACAAUGAGAUCUGGUACCUGAGCUCCGGCUAUCCCCUGUGUGCAUCGAGGUAUAGCCGAUGGUCCUGAAGACAGAUACAGCCAUCGGCCUACACAAGAGGAGCCGCCUCAAACAUCAGCAGUUACUCAUUCACCUUCACCUCCCCUUUCUCUCUCUCUGUCUGUCUGUCUGUCUGUGUCUGUCUCUCUCAGUCUCUCUCUCUAUCUAUCUCUCCCUGUCGCUAUCUCAUAGAGUCAUAGAGAUGUACAGCACGGAAACAGACCCUUCGGCCCAACCCAUCCAU